CCGCCCCUGAACGCACCAUCCUCUCGUCUUUUUAGGGAACUCUCGCUUCCUGCUGCCGGUUUCCUGACAGUGUUGUGUGCACACAGAGUUCAGUGCAGCCUGCAGUUUGUGAGUCAGUUUUUCUCCGACAAACAGCUCCAGAAAGAGCUUCAGUCCGCACACAAGACACACUUUCUCCGCGUGUCUGCAGCCGAAGCUGAGCGCAACAUCAUGACGCUGCCGCGGCAGUUAAGAGACGAGAGUGACUUCGAUCAGCUGCCUCACAACAUCCCAAUCAGCGCCACCAUUGCAGACGUCGAGGAGAAGAAAGGCUUCAUCUACUACUUUAUGUUUGUGAUCGAGGUGAAGACUAAAGGAGGGAGCAAGUAUCUCAUAUAUCGGAGGUACAGAGAAUUCUUCAACUUCCACCUGAUCCUGGAGUCCAGAUAUUCUCCCGAAAACCCAGAGAAGGCCGGCCCCAACACCUGCAGCCUGCCCGCUCUGCCAGGAAAAGUCUUCAUCGGCAACAAGAGGGAGAUCGCAGAGAGCAGAAUCCCUGAACUCAACACGUACAUGAAGAGGCUGCUGGGUCUGCCAACAUGGUUGUUGUUCGACGAGGCUCUCCGUAUGUUUUUCUACCAGACGGACCAGGACAGCCAGCACCAGCCACGAGCCCUGAGGCGUCUCCGCCCACCGACGCGCAAAGUGAAGACAGUCAAACCAAAGAUGGACCUCUUCUCCUCCCCCAGGGCCGAGGUAUGUGUAGUUGUUGUUGCUUUGGUUACAAUCUCCAUAGCCACCCACAGAGAAACAACUUUUAUAGUCAAACGACCACGCAGAAUGCACUGCAUCACCCCGAGAAACACACACACACACACACACACACACACACACACACACAGUCCUGCCCGCAGUACAUCAUUACGUUGUGAGACAACUAAAGUAGAAACAUCUGAUCUCGUCCUGCAUCAUACGAGGCUUCACAAGACGCACGAUGUCAAGUCAGGCUCUGGAACUCAAACACGUCGUGCUUCAACUUCUUGCUUCUUUGUUGCUUGAAACAAAAGGAAAACAUUUCCCACAAAUAAUCUAUGAGAGAAGUCGUCAUUUACUCUGUAUGUCUUUCACACGCAGCGAUCACAAUCACUCUAGAUCAGAAGUCAAAGCAGCCGCUCGUCAUCGUGUAUGUUGUGUACUGAAAGGAC